UUUUUGUGAUUAUUGAAAAUAAACAAAUUAAAAUGGAAACGUGUGUUUUAAUACCAAAAGAGUUGUCACUCGCUGCAACAACAAUAACAGCAAAUCAUGAAGCCGAAAUCACAGUGUGGACAACAUCGUACAUCGAGCAAGGCACAAUUUUUUACCCCUUUCAAGGGACGAUACGCUGGGAUAAAUUAGACGCAUUUCAAUAUCUCGAGGAAAAUGAUAUCCGCUAUCGUUUCGGUUUGUAUGACGAGAUCUCACACGCCUUUCAUAAGCCAGUGCGUAGCUGUAAUUGGAUACGUUUUCUGCGUGUCUCCAGCGUAUGUGAUUCCAAUGUAAAUAUGAUUUGCACGAAAGUGAAAGGUGAACCCAUUUAUGAGGCGAUAAAACCGAUAACAGCGCAUCAGGAACUUGUUGUAUUCUACCUGCCCGAACGACCCGAAGAGGUGCUGUUUAUGCGAAUGCGAAUUUCUAUGUAUCGUCAAACAAUGGAUUCCAUAAUGAAAGAUUCACCAAUUGAUCUCUCAUCUUCCCUGCUGCAUCGAGUCUCGCUACCCGUUUCGCCGGUUUCAAGUAGUGAAGAUGAACAUAAGUCAAUAUCGAGUGAUCUAUCCGGUUCAGUGCUGUCUUUAAAUGAACCCGCAAGUGAUGUUAUAAACUCAACAAACUGUGAAAAAGUACGUGAACAGCGAACGCCGCAGCGAACACGAAUCGGGCGAAGUGAACGCUGUUUGCUGCCUUGCGAUGUCUGCGGGAAGGCAUUCGAUAGACCUAGUCUACUUAAGCGACACAUGCGAACGCAUACAGGUGAGAAACCGCAUGUGUGUAUGGUUUGCGGGAAAGGCUUUAGCACGUCGAGCAGUUUGAAUACGCAUCGGCGAAUACAUUCGGGUGAAAAACCGCAUGAAUGUCAGGUGUGUGGCAAGCGGUUUACGGCCAGUUCGAACCUGUACUAUCAUCGAAUGACACACAUCAAGGAGAAACCACAUAAAUGCAAUUUAUGCUCAAAGUCAUUUCCAACACCCGGCGACUUAAAAUCCCACAUGUACGUGCAUAGUGGCUCGUGGCCUUUUAAGUGUAACAUUUGCUUCCGCGGUUUCUCGAAACAGACAAACCUCAAAAAUCAUCUUUUUCUGCAUACAGGCAAUAAGCCCCAUGGUUGUGAAUUGUGCAACAAGAAGUUCGCAUUAGCGUGCAAUUUACGAGCUCAUAUGAAAACACAUGAAGGUGAUCCACAAGAUGAAUGUGUUCGCUGCGGCAAGGUGUACGUUACACUAAUGCAGGGAGUCUGCACAAGGUGCUCCGAUUCGAACAAUUCAACUGACACUGACAACAAGACUGGUUUUCAAUCGGGUGGCGAUACAACCACAGAAGAUGAAACCUCAAAUGGCACAACGGAAUGUAGUGACAAGUAAAAAAAGAAAAAAAAAAAACAAAAACAAAAACAACAACUGAAACGAAAAAAUCUACACAAAAACCAUAUAAAAACAAAACCGAAAACGAUAACGAUAACUACAUGCAUUCGUACAUACAUACAAACAUACAUACAUACAUAAAUACAUAAAAUACAACAAACAAAUAAUGACUGCUGCUGUAAAUAUAUACAUACAUACAUUCAUAAAUAUACUAUGCACAUAUUAAGUAAGCGAGCGGGACGCGAGGAGAUUAUCAUACAUACAUACAAACAUAUGUACAUAUGUAUGUAUGAAUAAGUGUACAUUUACUCCGCUAAAUAGUAGUUAUAUGUAAGCGCUAGUCUUAAGGAUAUUUAUAUUUUUUAAGUGACAAUACAAAGCAAGUAUAGCA